AUGGCCACUGUAUACACCGCAAAGAAAACCCCAAAUGAGUCCAUCUCAGUUCUCAAAAGCACAGACACAGACUCAUCUACUAGUCUUGAGAUCGCGCCCUUGGGUGGACCCGGGGAGGAACGUCGGUUUUGGUUUCAGAGAGGAAAAGGCUAUAACCCUGAAGCAGUUGCGACCCAGCCGUCCGUCUAUGACAACCCUGAUACUGCGAAGGAAUACCAGCCCCGGGCCGACUGGGAGAAUCUUCACCGAUUCGACCCAUCUGCCCGGUGGACAUGGAGCGAAGAAUACAAGUUGGUUCGCAAGAUUGACCUUCGCAUCAUGGUAUUCACUUGCCUCAUGUUCAUUGCUUUGGAGUUAGAUCGGUCCAAUCUAGCACAAGCUUUAACCGACAAUAUGCUUCCCGAGUUGAAUAUGACUACGAAUGACUACAAUCUUGGUAACACGGUGUUUAAGCUCUCAUUUCUCUGUGCCGAGCUUCCCUCCCAGCUCCUCAGUAAAUGGGUCGGGCCUGAUCGGUGGAUUCCUACCCAAAUGGUUCUUUGGUCUGCAGUUGCCAUGGCACAGUAUGGGCUAAAUGGAAAAACAACAUUCCUCUUAUGCCGUGCCCUGCUUGGUAUUUUGCAAGGUGGAUUUAUCCCAGAUGUGAUAUUGUAUCUUUCCUACUUCUAUAAACACCAUGAGCUCUCUUUGCGACUCGGGUUCUUUUGGACGGCAAUGAAUAUUGCGGAUAUUCUUGCUGGAUUCUUGGCUUUCGGAUUUUUGCAUCUUCGUGGUGUGCAAGGACAAUCGGGAUGGCGCUGGCUAUUCUUGCUCGAAGGCCUUCUGACACUUCUAAUUGGUCUAUCUGCAUACAUUUUGAUGCCACCAGGACCAUGUCAAACCGCUAAUUGGUCUCGGGGUAAAUCGGGCUGGUUUACUGCGCGCGAGGAAACCAUCAUUGUUAAUCGAGUGAUUCGGGAUGACCCAAGCAAAGGAUCCAUGCACAAUCGAGAACCUAUUACGCCCAAACUACUUUGGAAGAGUCUCAAGGACUAUGAUCUCUGGCCCAUAUACAUCCUCGGACUCACCUUCCAGACACCAGUAACCACCCCCAAGCAAUAUCUAACUCUUACUCUGAGGGGUCUCGGAUUCGAUACUUUUGUGACCAACCUCUUGGUUAUUCCCAGCGAAGUGCUGUGUAUUUUCUUCCUUCUACUCCUCACAUACAUCUCCGAGGUUAGUCGCCAAUUAACAUUGGUAUCUAUGAUUGGGCAAAUAUGGAUACUUCCCUUCUUGGUCUAUUUAUAUGUGGUCGACAUCGAAACCGCGAACAAGUGGAGUGUGUGGGUUGUGAUGACACUGCUACUGGCAUAUCCAAACGCGCAUGCCAUUCAAGUUAACUGGAACUCCCGCAACUCGAACACUGUCCGAUCCCGUACAGUCUCGGCUGCCAUGUACAACAUGUGUGUCCAAGCAUCGGCAGUCAUUGCUUCCAAUAUCUAUCGCGCUGAUGACGCCCCCCGCUACCGCAGAGGCAAUGGUGCUUUGGUGGGACUUGCUGUCUCGAAUAUCUUCAUCUAUCUAUUGACCAAGGUAUACUAUGUUUGGCGCAAUCAAAGCCGCGACAAGAAAUGGAACGCCAUGACCGAAAACGAAAAAUUAAACUAUUUGGCAACCACCAAGGACGAAGGAAAUAAACGGCUGGAUUUCCGAUUUGCCCAUUGA